UGGCCCUGAACCAGAGCUGUGGGAAGCGGUAGUAGACCUGAGCUGCAGUGAGGGGGUCAGGGCAGAGGUGUGGGGAGAGCAAGGAGGCCUGAAGCCGACAGAGGCGGGAGCAACCGGGCGGGCGUUCAUGGAGAGUGAGACAAGGAAGUGGAGGCAGUAGUGGGGGGUCUGGGGAGAAAAGUGCUGAGCUAGGAGGUGGAAGGCGCUGGGGCUGUGCACCCGACCCAGGGGAGAGCUGAGUGAGGAGACAGCGACGGGGCUGGCCUGGGAUCCGUGCUCCAGGGGGGAUCGGAAGGCACCAGGGAGGAGGUCGGAGAGGACAGGGAACCCUGAAAUCAAAUCGUGGGUCCAAGCCGGAACACGUGCGAGUGUGAUCGUUCAGGUGAGGGUGGUGGAGCCAGAGUUCGAGCCGGGUUCUAGAUCCGCGUUGGAGAAUCCGGGGUGCAGCGAAGAGAAGGGGAGCGUGGGCAGGAGCCUAGGGGCCCUACGCUGGGAGAUGCGGGUGCGCCUGGGCGCUCUGGCAGGCGCGGCGGCACUGAGUGGGGCGCUCAGUUUCGUGCUGCUGGCGGCCGCCAUCGGCACCGACUUCUGGUAUAUCAUCGACACCGAGAGGCUGGAGAAGAGCAGUCCGGGGGCGCAGGGCCAGGGACCCGCCAACCGCAGCCAGCUGGAGCCUCUGAGCUCCCACUCCGGUCUCUGGCGGACUUGCCGGGGCCAGAGCUCCUGCACGCCGCUGAUGAACCCCUUCUGGCAGGAGAAUGUGACCGUCAGCGACUCCAGCCGACAGCUUCUCAUUAUGCACGGGACAUUUGUGAUCUUGUUGCCAUUUAGCCUGAUCGUGAUGGUGUUCGGGGGGAUGACUGGGUUCCUGAGCUUCCUCCUCCGAGCCUACCUCCUCCUCCUGCUCACUGGGACUCUCUUUCUCUUUGGAGCCAUGGUGACCCUCUCUGGACUCAGCAUCUACACCGCUUACUCAGCGGCCGCCUUCCGGGAGGCAGCAUGCCUCCUGGAGGAGAGGGCCCUGCUGGACCAGGUGGACAUCCGCUUUGGCUGGUCCCUGGCCCUCGGCUGGAUUAGCUUUGUCUCUGAGCUGCUCACUGGGGCGGCCUUCCUGGCAGCAGCGAGAGUGCUCAGCCUGAGCCAGGGGCAGGACCAGGCUGUCUGAGUUUGGUCAAAUCCUUAGGCCCAGAGCCUUUUGAACCCAUCUCAGUGAAUGACAACCUUUUCUUCCUCAAACGCCGUUCGCAGAGGCCAGAGGGCCGUGUUGCCCACCGUGGGGAAGCUCUGCUGGCUGCUGCUGUCUUUGUGCUCUCUGGAAUUCCCACGCGUGCACGCGCAUGUGCGUGUGCAAGAGGAGAGGGAGUGUGGGACCCUCAUCACCUGAAAUAAAUGCCAAUCCUCACCA